CGAGUCCUGCCGUAAAUUUGUCCAAAACGUACAACAAACUACAUCCGCCAAAAUGAACUUCUCAUGGAGAAUGGAAUUGUCUCACCAAAAUUAGAUUUUGUCCGUUAAACCAUUGAGAAAAGGCCCAAAUCGUCGAAUUUGGCCAAAAAAGGCCCAUUUGGCAACCUUGCAUACCGAAAUGAUGGUGUUACCUUGUUUCAGAAGUAGACUUCUCAAUGUACUAUUUUGUGCAGAAAAAUGCAAAUUUUACUCUCUUAAUAAAGAUAUAAAUGCAUUUUCAGCCAUUGUGCGCAAACCUCAAGAAAGUCAUUCAAAUAUCAAACAAACCGUAAGAUAUAUUUCUUCAUCUUACUGCUCGUCCAGGUCCAAACAUCAAAAGUUACUAAUUCAGGUGUGUGAUGAACGAAGAAAUAAGCUGCAACUGGAAAAAAGGCAAAUCUGGGGCUGGCUGAAUACUGUAUUUAACAAGUAUGACUCGGACCGCGUGCAAGAGGUGGGGGCCAACAGAGCUUGUGCCGAGUGGCUGCUGCGAUGUGGUGCUGCUGUAAGGUGGAAGACACAUGCACAAUUCACCAAGGACUACAACAGCCUACCGGUUGGGGGCCCCAGGCUCACCAUAGCCGAGGUGGACGCAACAGAUUCAGCCAUCAUGAACAUAGGCUUCGAGCAUUUCAGAGGCUGUAAGGACAUAGAGCGCCUCGUGCUGCACAAAGCUACCUACAUCGACGACGACGCACUGCGUCAGCUGCAGUACCUGCGUGACAGCCUCAAGCAACUCCAAGUGUCCGCUUGUGGCAACGUUACUGCCGAGGGUCUCAAGUACCUUGCUAAACUACCGAAGUUAGAAUAUGUGUUGCUGUACGACUUCCCGGCCGUGAAGGACAAGGACGCGAUCACGCGCUACCUGCAGCAGGAGCUGCCCAACUGCACCGUCCUCUUUACGUACGCCUCUGACAAGGAGCAGAAAGAGCUCGAGCGCAUGGAGGAAGCAAAGCAAACUUCAAUUGAUGAAAAUGAUUUGACGGGUAAAAAAGAAAAAUGAGCUCGUGCAUUCUAAAUGUUUAUUUCAUCGCAAAUGAGAGAAAGAAGUUAUUGAUCUAAUAUGGAAUUCAAAUAGCAUUGCAUUAUUAUUUGUUAAAUAAAAUUUCUAAAAAUU